AUGAAAGAGUGUGCAGAGUGAGAGAGCGAAAGAGAAACAGAGCGACAGCAGAGCACUCUGUAAACAGGCUGUCAGAGAAGAAAGUGCAGGGACAUUUUCAUCCGCUACAGCCAACACUGAAGGAUAAUCACAAGAGGCAGAGAGAGAGGGAGAGGACGAGAGAAGGUUUAAUUAAUUCAUGCAGGAGGGGAGGGAUGUUUCUGCUGCUGACUGAGCUGGUUCCAGCACUGCCUGAGCUCUGCUGCCUGUAGCAUUUUGUUUGUGAGCCCGUCUGUGCUCUCACUCAGAUCAGGCAGGAUUUGAUGGACACCAUCACCUGAACAAGCAGAGAUCACUCCAGUUGACAGGUCAUCAGUUGCUCAUCCGUGCGCACCUGUCACCUCACCACAGCAGAGCUACUCCGAUCCCAGCCCCUACCGGUGGCACGGCACGCACCUCACCUUCACACUGUCCUCGUCUUUGCAUCCCUCCCUUGUUUCGCCACUCCGCAUCGGGGGCACCAAUUCACCAUCUGCUCGUAAAGGAAAGCAAUAUGAACAUGCCAGAUCAUACCAUCUCUUUUUCAUACCUCACCUGAGGACAAUCAGCUUGGUUCCUCCAGCUCGCCGUGAGCGAUCUGAUCGGCGAAAUGGGAGACUGGGUGUGUCUGAGCCCAGCCGAAUUUUCCCAGCUGCAGCAGUACAGUGAGUAUUCCUCCAAGAAGCUUAAAGAUGUCCUGGAAGAGUUUCACGGAAAUGGUGUCCUCUCCAAGUACAACCCUGAACAGAAGCAAGAUGUUCUCAAUCAACCCAUCGACUACGAGGGUUUCCAGCUAUUCAUGGCGACCUACCUGGAGAAUGAUAUCCCUGAGGAACUGUGCAAACACCUCUUCACCUCCUUCAAGAGCAAGAAUGGUGGAGGCAGCUCCCCUGACGCCUCUCGAUCUGGAGCAGGCAUGCUGGGUAUGAAUGGGAAGAGUAUUUUGAGCGCUAUGAGCCGACAUACAUCAGAGAACUCUGCAGGGAUCACUCCAGGCUCAGGGGCCACCACAUCACCCUGCUCCUCCCGCUCCUCCUCACAGCGAUCAGGCACAGGAGGCCACACACCCAGAGGCCCCCACCGGUCGCCCGGCACGCAGCCCAAACCCCCAGCGGGCAGCAGCAGUAGCAAUGCUUUGGCUCUCUCCAAGACCACAAACUCCCCACGCCUCUCCCCAGAGCGUAAUCAAUCUGAGAAUCGUACAUCUCUCCGGAGGAGUCCUUCUCCACAGAAAGGCUCUCCAUCACCCCAAGUAGUCUUCCUUAAAGACAUUGUGUGCUACUUGUCUCUGCUGGAGAGGGGGACGCCAGAGGACAAGCUUGAGUUCAUGUUCAGGCUGUACGACACAGAUGGCAAUGGCCUGCUGGACAGUUCGGAGCUUGACCGUAUAAUAAACCAGAUGGUCCAUGUAGCUGAGUACCUGGAAUGGGACUCUACAGAACUGCGGCCGAUACUCAAGGAGAUGAUGGAGGAGAUUGACUAUGACAGGGAUGGAACGGUCACACUAGAGGAGUGGAUCAGAGGAGGAAUGACCACCAUACCACUCCUGGUACUGCUGGGAAUGGAGACGAAUGUACAGGAAGAUGGGCAGCACGUAUGGAGACUUAAGCAUUUCAACAAGCCAGCAUACUGUAAUUACUGCCACACUAUGUUGUUAGGAGUACGAAAACAGGGCCUUUGUUGCUCACUAUGCAAGUACACAGUUCAUGAGCGCUGUGUGUCCAAAGACAUUGCUCCUUGCAUUAGCACCUACGCCAAGUCCCGCAGACACACCAAUGAGAUGGCGCCCGCAGCUGAAUCAAUCAUCCAUUCAUUUUCCAAACCGCGCUGGUCCAGCAUUAUCAUACAGGCUAUGCAGCAUGUUUGGAUUGAGGGCAACUCCCCAACAAAAUGUGACAAAUGUCACCGCAGUAUCAAGUGCUAUCAAGGUCUAACAGGCCUUCACUGUGUUUGGUGUCAAAUCACUCUCCAUAACAAGUGUGCGUCCAAUGUGAAGCCCGAGUGUGAUGGUGGACCGUUAAAAGAUCACACACUCCUGCCCUCGUACAUCUGCCCUGUUGUUCUGGACCGUCAACCUGCUGUAAAAAGAGGUGAAGGAGAAUCAUCCCCCAGUACCAGCCCUGAGGACACCAGCCAGUGUUUCAAGUUCACCGGGGACGGUCAGGCACUGCAGAUAACCCCUCUGCCUGGAACGCACCCCCUUCUUGUGCUGGUUAAUCCUAAGAGUGGUGGUCGGCAGGGUGAGAGGGUGCUGCGGAAAUUCCAGUACCUGCUUAACCCCAGACAGGUGUACAGUUUGGAACAAGGAGGACCCAUGGCGGGGCUCAACUUUUUUCGAGACGUGCCUGAUUUCCGUGUGCUGGCCUGUGGAGGCGAUGGAUCAGUGGGGUGGAUUUUGGACUGCAUUGAUAAGGCCAAUUUUGCUCGGCACCCGCCUGUUGCCAUCCUGCCUCUGGGGACCGGGAAUGACCUCGCUCGCUGCCUGCGCUGGGGCGGAGGCUAUGAAGGAGGCAGUCUGCUUAAGUUCCUCAGGGAUAUCGAGCACAGCACCGAGGUGAUGGUUGACCGCUGGAACAUCGACAUUGUCCCUGAUGAUAAGGAGGAGAAGGGAGAUCCUGUACCCUACAGCAUAGUGAACAAUUACUUUUCCAUCGGAGUGGACGCAUCCAUAGCGCAUCGCUUCCACUUAAUGAGGGAGAAGCAUCCAGAGAAGUUCAACAGCAGAAUGAAAAACAAGUUGUGGUACUUUGAAUUUGGCACCACAGAGACCAUCUCAGCCACUUGUAAAAAGCUGAACGAAACCAUUGAGGUGGAGUGUGAUGGCAUCAUCUUGGAUCUCAGCAGCACGUCUCUGGAGGGUAUCGCUGUGCUCAAUAUUCCCAGCAUGCACGGGGGCUCCAACCUGUGGGGCGAGACCAAGAAAAGACGGAAUUACAAUCGUAUGAGUAAGAAAGUGCCAGAGAGAAUGACUGGCAGCACUGUCACCGAUGCCAAGGAGCUCAAGUUUUGUGUGCAAGAUCUGAGUGAUCAACUUCUGGAGGUGGUGGGUUUGGAGGGAGCCAUCGAGAUGGGUCAGAUAUACACGGGUCUUAAGAGCGCUGGGCGGCGCCUUGCACAGUGUUCCAAUGUCACCAUCAGGACAUCCCGGCUGCUGCCCAUGCAGAUCGAUGGAGAACCGUGGAUGCAGCCUCCAUGCACGAUACGGAUCACGCACAAAAACCAGGUGCCCAUGCUGCUUGGACCGCCACAGAAAACUCCCUUCUUCUUCUUCAAGAAGCGCAACAGAAGUCGGGACUAAAUGUGGGACUCCAAAAAUCAGCCACUCUUCUACAAUCAUACAAACACACUCAAGCAUCACCACCUUCCUCAGCCUCUUCUUUGUCUUUGGCUAGUGGGACCCAAAGAGAAGACACUUUUCAAACACUUUUGUGGAACAAAUCAAUACAAAUACAACACUGUAAUGGUCCUCUAAUGGACUCCAUCUCCCAACACAGCCUGGCUGAACCAGUUCAACGGACCCUCUCUGAGUGUCAUGACCACUUCCUGUGUCUUAUCAUCCAGAACGUCUUAUCACAGGCUCGUGACCUGUAAGCUAUGACUCAAUUCCAACCAAAUUCCCCCCUACCAGUAGGCCACUGCCUUGGGAUCACACUGUGUGCCCUCUCCCUCCUCUUGAGACGGCUCAUCAGAAGAUACUGCCAAUUUCCAAGAGAAAAAGAGAGAGAGGCAGGACCAGCAGAGCAAGAGACUCACCCAGUAAAUGUACAAGAAGUGUGUUCAAGUGAAAAGAGAAUGAGAGCGAGAGACACCCUGGCACGAUGAGAGUUGGUGGUGCACAUAUGGACGUCACUGGGCCCUGGCUUAGUCUAGCAGGACCAGGGAACAAACUUUCCUCCUAAAGGAGCUUACUGAAUUAUACAUCAGUGCAUGCAAAGCACUCAUUCCAGUGCCUCUCCAAGGCCCUACAAAGAUGCAAACUCAUCCAUUAUGAAGAUGUUUAUGGGGGUCUGCUGAUAGGGAUAGGUUAGACUGGCCUGAAACAGAUGUAACAUUUCAGCUUCUGUAGUUUGCCCCAGGCAUUUUUGGUGUUCGCCCUCAGGCCGCAAAACUGACCAGUGAAAGUUGUUACAGUUAGCUGGAUGUUUAUUUAAUCCUAUACUCCCCUCUAAAACAACAGUGCUAGCGCUAAGUGUGGAGAAUGGACCUUUAAAAAAAAUACAAUUUAAGUUUAGAGAACCCUUAGAAAAGAGAAUAAUUGUACUAAAACAGUUUUACCAAUUAUCGUUUAUUAGCAAUGUGGCAAUUUGUGCAAUAAUUUGUAUUAUUUGUAUUUUUAAGCAAAAUCUAAAAUAUUGUGCCAUUAAGUUUAGGAGAAGAUUCCAUGUGAUUUUCAUUGAAAUACCCUGCUGAUCUUGUUGCACCAGCCUAUGCUGGUUUGCCUGCCUGUUGGUUGGUUUUAGAGGGGUUUUGGGCACUUUUCAGAUAGUCAGGCUGGGAGACUAGCAGGUUACCCAGCUAGACCAAAUAAAGACCAUCUUGACAGCCUUUUCUCACCAACACAAACAUUUGGCAUGAAAAUUCGGCCCGAUUUUCACACGUGUUUCGUUUGUUCAGAACAGUACGAAAAAUGGCACACUGGCAGAUUGAAAAUGCAACUUCACUCUCUAACAGUAGGUGGCGCUUACAGAAAAGCAGAAAUAAAGUACUCUGUUCAUGAGCACCACCAAGUCGUAGUUUUAUGUAACCGCAGUGGCUCUGCACAUGUGACCAAAAGCGCAAAUCUUAAGCCCAAAGUAUACUUCGGCCAUCCGCGUUCCGCGUCGGUCCGCACACUCUCCGUGUAAAAGUAAUUUAUGUCAUCAGGAGAGUCCGCGGAUGUCCCCACACCCCAUCCCAUUUUUGUGACCGCGUAUACAACAGUGUGUGUGUGAGCGACUUGAGCGCUUGAAAACAAAAUCCUCUAGAUAGUGUGCACGCGCCGAACGCAUCUGUCCGUGCUCAUGACCAAAGAAGUGUACUUUAAAAGGCUUGCGCGUUCAACUGUGCGCAAGACGGAGCGGAUCUCAGAAAAAUGAAGUAUACCCCGGCCUUUACUGGUUGAUUUCUUGUGAUUAUAAAACCACAUUAAAAUGUUUAUCGCACUGAAUUUUUGCACCAAACAUUCUUCUUGGUUUGAGCAGACUAUUAACCAGCUAAGACCAGCAAACCAGUUUAGGCUGUUUUGGGCAGGUUUUAUCAGCAAGGUACAAUUUGAAUUAAAUUAUUUACAAAUGGAACAAUAAGGAAAUAAUGGUAAUGUUUUAUAACAUUAGUUAAUGCAUUAGAUGUCAAAAACUAGCAUUGACGAUGUAUUUACAGCAUUUAUUAAUCUAGUUUAACCCUAAUUUAUACUGUUGUUCAUUGUUAAUUCAUGUAUAUUCUAAAGAUAUUAAAUAAUGUUCACCUAAAUAUUUGAAUUAUGUUGAAAUUAGCAUUGACCAAGAAUAUUAAAUGCUGUAAAAAUAUUAUUAAUUGUUAAUUUAUUCCAAAUGCAUUAAAUAAUGUUAACAAAUUGAAUCAUAUUAUAAGGUGUUACAAAAAUAAGAAUUUAAGGAAAAUGUAUUUCUGAGAAAGUCUCCACUGUAGCUUACAGCAUCUCCAUUCAGAGACGGGCUGAAUUCGAUCCAGCGCUGGUAUUAACACUGAAUCCUUUGGACCUCGUCUGUCACAACAAGCUACUGCAGUGGGGUUUGAUUUACUGCUGCAUGGACAGAGCCUAAAUUUAACUUCCUAUUUCAGGGAGUGAAACACUAUUCCUAAUUGCAGCAUGAAAACAUCAGCUCUCAAUUUCAGGUCAACAGUUAAACGGGUGUGAUAGCGGUCCAGAUGAAUGCAAAGAACGGAAGUUACUUACAGUUACCGUCAACAACAGUGACUUCAAGAUGCAAAAAGUGAGCUUUUUCAUUUUUAGCCCUUCUGAGAAGGCCCGUAAAGAGUAUUUAACUAAAAGAUGCCCACCAUGUAUCAGUAUUUGUAUAAUCCAAGAGCCUUGUAUGCAUAUAUAUAUAUAUAUGAAUGUGUUUAAAGGUAUAACUUAAUAUAGUAUCAGAGAUUAGCAGUGAUACCUUAUGGGUCACAUGAUUGACUGUAGCCAUCAGGCAGAUGUGCCUGAUAUAGAUCAACACGCGGUGAUCAUCAGAUGCUUUCGCAGUGUGCCGUAGGGUGCAAAGGUCUGUGUUGGAACUGUAUAUAUAUUUCACCAAUACAGAACUGGGGUCAGAUUGACUUAAAGUUCAGGUGUGGGCUUUUGAAACUGAGCUCUUACCAGGGUUAGCAGGUUAAUGUUCCCUUUAAAGAACACUGAACCGCAGAAGCAACGCCAGUGUCCUAAAAAAUGCUAAUCUCUCCAUAUGACCACAGAAAUGACGUCCACCUCCAGUCCUUGGGUUUAUCAUAGAAGUUAAUGGUGGAUUUGGCAAAUAGAGCUCCAUUGUUUCUGCGGUCAUUGGACAGAUGGUUUAUCCUGUAUGACAGUCUGGUGUUUAAAGAAUGGCGGUUUGGUUACGAGUGCAUGUUUACAACUACUUUUCUUUUUACAGUUUAGAAUGAUUUUAAACAGUCAUGUAUAUAUAGAUAUUGUUUAUAUUUUCUCUAAAGUUUAACCACCGCAUGCCUGCUGAAACAAAGAAGACAAAGACGUCUGCUUGAAGAGAGACCACGCUGAUUGUUGUUACCUUAUUAGUUUCACAUGAUUAUAUUUUGGACCCUAUCCAAGCCCUUUGUAUCUAUCCACUGUACUUUUCCUUGAUUCGUUAGUAGCAUGUUCAUUGUACAAGUACCUCUGUGGCUGUUCUUUGUUCUGUUUAGUAUUUUGUAGACAGAGGUUUGGCGCCAAUAUAUGCUGAGCAAAGGGCAACUGAGGAAUGUCACUUACGAGAAAUGUCAUUUCUAAAUCAUACCAAUGUCCCAUUCUGUGUCAUUUCUGUGAAUAACUGAUAGCCUUAACUUACCAAUACAAAAUAGCGUUUUGCCUGGAGCAAAGAAUUUUGCAAUACAAGUCACUGAAAAAUCAACCAAAUGAAGGGGAAAAAAAGAGAGGUCAACAUCUGUUUUGCCGUGUUGCAAUAACUCAUUUUUGUUAGUGUCAUCACACCGGCCUACUCGCUCUCAGCUCUCAGAGAAGGGAGGUGAUAGGAGCUCCAUGAUCUCCGGCACCACAUAUGUCUUCAUUUGUGGACUGACUGACUUUUAUCUAUUAUUUUUAGCUAUCCGAAAACUGUGAUUGCUCAAUCUGCCCAUCACUGUCUCUUUUCUCAUAACAAUAAUCCGAUUUUAUCUGUCAAAACCUUGCUGCCUCUUGCAGGGUUGUGCUCUAUUCAGAAUUGAAUUGAGAAUGCCUUUUAAAUUCUAAUUAAAUUUCUGAAUCUGAAUUUAGGUAGCAAACAGGAUGCAGAAUUGCAUUUGGAAUGUGAAUGUAAGAAUAUGAAUUUAAAAUUAAUAGAAAUUCAAAGGGGUUCAUAAAAUUGUCAUUUUUAAACAAAAAACUUUGUGGCUUGACAAAUCCUUAUUCCUUAAGUUUUGCAAAAAUGUCUUGAAGUCUCAGGGUUUGUUGAACUUAUGGACAGAACGAUUGAUUGAUUGAUUGAUUGAUUGAUUGAUUGAUUGAUUGAUUGAUUGAUUGAUCGAUUCCUGUCAUUCCAUUUCAAAUUCAUGUGGGACGUGGGCAAUUCUAUUCAAAUUUUCCAACUCAUGAGAUAAAAGGGAGCUGAUUCUUCAGUUCUGAAUUUUGCCCAACCCUGGCCUCUUGAGAUUUUUAAGGAUGGUGAACCAGAAUCCGGGACUCAAAUAUGAUGUUAACUUUAUCUUCUAAGCAUCGCGUUGCCCUCUAACAGUGAGAACCGAACAGAUUCUCUCUCUCUCUCUCUCUCUCUCUCUCUCUGUCUCUCUCUCUCUCUCUCUCUCUCUCUCUCUCUCUGCUCGUCUUACCGGUCUCUUAGAGACCGUUAUGGCUUAUCUCAGUGUAGCUCUAUUUUUAGCUGGGACAGAUGAACAGUAUUGAGCGGCACUGAUGCAGUAGAGGCCAUAUCAACCCUGAAUGUGAUGUUCUACAUGUGUGUUAACUCACUGUCUUAUUCCUGCCUUAGGGUUAGUGUGGUUUGUAGCAGUUCAUCUGUGUGGUAGGCAACAAAGUUCAAGGACUGGAGUCCUGCAGGCUGAGAUGGGGUUAAAGGGUGAAUCGUGCCCUUGACAGACCCACUUAGACUCUGUUACUCUGUUUCUUGUAAGCUGUUGGCAUCCAUGUUAAUGGACAAAAGAGUUUUAUUGAAUAAACAAAGAGACUGAA